UGACUCGAAGCGCGUUCACACUGAGUAAAACAUUAAGGUUUGUUAAGCGUUCCUUUUCACGCAAUCGGCGACAGCAGUGAUACUACAGUGGCCAUACAGCACACAUCAAGAUAGCUUCACUGCAUUCCACCACGUAGCCUGCUGCUGGAGUGGAGAUCGCGAGAACCCUAUAUUCAGCUUCGAUAAAAACUGAAGUGAAAUGGAACGAUGCCGGAUCCGUUCCAAUUUUGUUGUGUGAACCCGCUUUUACACGCUUCAAGGAAAACUUCCGGAAAGCAGUGGAGUCAAAUUUCCCUCGUAAGUUAUACUUAGGCCAGUGUGUUAAGACGUCACCGUGAAACCACGCGGCUAUAGGAAUGGCACCGAUGAAUACAAAUCAAACUUUACGCCUAAAAAUUAUAAAUGGGGGAAUAAUGCACGUGUUUCAUUCAUUCUGAGUCACGUUUGGUUUCGCAGUGGACGUCAGCUUUUACCCACGAAGUUGGAAGACCUGCUCAGACCUGCUCAGCACAGUGUCGAGAUCUUGGCAUCACGUAGAGCAUCUUUGGAGAAAGAUUAAAGGACAUUGCUGUGAAAAAGAACGCCAUUCCUCCAGCGUUUUACCGAUUGUUCACACCCCUUGAACAUUACAGUGCUAAUGAACACUCCGGGGGUGUAAAAUUAAGUAAUUUUCUGUCUUUAUAACACGCCUAGAAGAACGUGUGAGCCAAUUUUAUCGACUUUUCACAGAGACUGCAACGAACUGAGCGUGUUGGCCGACCAGGUGGUUGGUCCAGCGGGAACCUAAAGAGAAAAAAAAACGCACUGUUGAAGUGAAUGUUUCUAACGCCAAGGCGGUUGUUCCGUUGUAAACUUCUAAAGUGAGGAACUGUUUUAAUCUGAGGAAAAAAACAUGCUGCUGUCUUGGCACCAUACGUUCUUGGUCUCGCUACUUUUGCUGGGUUCUUCUUUGGCCUAUCCUCUAGAAGAAAACGACCAGGGAGAUGACACAGUCAAGAGAUUCGACGAAUAUCAGGUUCUGCGUGUGUCGCCGGGGAAACUAGGCAUGAAGGUGCUCAGCGACCUGGAGCAGUAUCACUCUCUAGGGAUCGACUUCUGGGGUGAGCCUCUUGGGAACAAGUCUGUGGACAUUUGUGUGCCCCCGGGUUCCAUCCCAGUGGUGGAGAAACUCCUGAACGACACCAGUUCUCCCUAUGAAGUACUCAUACAGAAUGUGCAGAGCCUCAUAGAUCGGGAAGCGGCGGAGAACGAUGCGGUAGACGACAGAAAACGACGAGCGACUGCAGAUGGGUCGAGAGUGAAUACUGCUGACAAGUAUCUUCGGUAUGGGGAGAUUAACGACUGGCUUCAAAACGUGGCCAAUCUCUACCCUCAUCUUGCCAAGCUGAUUACCAUUGGUGCGUCAUACGAGCUUCGGCCAAUGAAGGUCCUCAAGCUGGGCAAACCCAAGGCUCACACACCCUACAAACCUUCAAUCUGGAUAGAUGCGGGAAUCCACGGGCGGGAAUGGAUUGGGCCAUCAACCGUGCUUUACAUCAUUCACCAGUUGAUAUCAGAGCAAAGUCGUGACCCAAUGGUAAGCUUUCUGAUGGAUGAAUUUGAUUGGUACUUCCUGCCUGUCGUCAAUCCAGAUGGUUAUGAAUAUUCGCACACCCGGGAUCGCCUUUGGAGAAAGACUCGCAGCCGAUACUACCGCAACUCCAACUGCAUUGGAGUGGACGCCAACAGGAACUUUGACUUUUCUUGGGGAAAGUGUGCCGACGAUACGCUGUUCUCUCGCUGCUCAAGCACCGACCCGUGCGAGAACACGUACCAGGGCCCGCACGCGUUCUCCGAGGCCGAAACCAAAGCUAUGGGGAAAUUUAUCUACCUCAGAAGAAAUUUGUUCAAGUUGUAUCUGUCAUUCCACUCAUACUCACAGCUCUGGUUGACGAAUUGGGGUCAUACACAGGACUCGCCACCCGAUAGUAACGACAUAAUGUCUCUGGCUCGCUAUGGUGCGGACAUGCUGAAGAAGAAACAUGGUACUACUUUCAAAGUUGGGUCUCCAGCCUCCAUUUUAUAUUCCGCAGCCGGAGCAUCAUUUGACUGGGCAAAGGGUGUGGCUAAGAUCAAGUACGCCUACACCUUAGAACUGAGAGACACCGGGAGAUUCGGGUUCAUAUUACCUCCCAACCAAAUUCUGCCUGUGGGCGAGGAAGUUUGGGGAGCAGUCAAGUCAAUAGCAGCCAGAAUUUACCACGAAGUGCGAGACGCUAAGGACAUGUUUUACACGGUCUAAACAUGACGUCACUGAAUGUAGUGACGUCAUUCAUUGAGGUGACGUCAGGCAUGCGUCAGUAUGUAGAAAUGUAUUUUAGAUAAUUCAAGACACAAAGCCAGUGAGAACAUACACACUUUGGAUGUUAUUCACAGUCUGCAAAUGUCUGUUCUUCGGGUAUAAAUGUGAUUUCGUUUUCUUACCACGACGCAGUUCGAAUUGCUAAGACAAACAUUUUCUAUUGAUUGGAAACGGUAAACGUAAGGUUGUAAGUCUAAAUUCAUCUUAGUUGUUACAUUAUUUAUUGUCAUUUUUCUGUCAUCAGCAGUUAAUAUUUAGAAAAUAAAGCAUUGUCUUAGUGUUAGUUGAUAUAAUUUUAGGGGUAAACUAGGUGCGGCCAGUAGUUGAAGUACAUGGAGUCUUUUUAGACAAUAGCAUAGAUUUCGUUUUGUCUAUGCCGUUAAAAUACCGUUUCUCCAUUUGUUUGUUGUCUCAGUUAGCGUUUAGUGAAUUCUCAAAUAUAUCUUUGGAAACAGUUUUUAGCAGUACGUGUUCAUUACAGGAUAUUUCAGUUUCAAAUCUUCAAUUAAAGAGGUGAGGUGUGUAGGUGACUACCACUGGGGCCUUUCAGAGGGC